AUGGGUCAGGGAAAUAAAACUCAGACAUGGAUGAGUGAGUUCAUUCUGCUGGGGCUGUCCAGCGACUGGGGGACUCAAGUCUCCCUCUUUGUCUUAUUCUUGGCCAUGUACUUGGUGACUAUUGUGGGAAAUGUCCUCAUCCUUCUUCUGAUCAGACUAGACAGCAGGCUUCAUACCCCCAUGUAUUUCUUCCUUAGUGUUUUAUCUCUUGUGGACCUUUGUUACUCAAGCAGUAUUGUCCCUCAAAUGCUGGUCCACCUGCUCUCAGUCCAGAAGUCCAUCCCCAUCUCCUUCGCUCACUGUAUGAUACAACUUUACUUCUUCAUUGCACUCAUGUGCACGGAAUGUGUGCUCCUGGCCGCCAUGGCCUACGAUCGUUACGUGGCCAUCUGCUGCCCACUGCACUACCCCACCAUUAUGAGCCACGGGCUCUGCUUCCGCCUGGCUCUUGGUUCCUGGACCAUUGGCUUUGGCAUCUCCUUGGCUAAGACCUACUUCAUCUCUCGCCUCAGCUUCUGCGGCCCCAAUGUCAUCAACCAUUUCUUCUGCGACAUCUCUCCCGUACUUAACCUCUCCUGCACAGACAUGCUGAACCAAGCUGUUAUCUUUGCCGCUUCCAUGUUGGUCUUGGUCGGGCCCCUCGGCCUGGUGCUGCUCUCCUACGCGCGCAUCCUGGCUGCCAUCCUGAGGACCCGGUCAGGUGAGGGCCGCGGAAAGGCCUUCUCCACCUGCUCCUCCCACCUCUGCGUGGUCGGGCUCUUCUUUGGCAGUGCCAUCGUCAUGUACAUGGCCCCCACGUCCCGCCACCCUGAGAAGCAGCAGAAGAUUCUUUCCCUGUUUUAUAGUCUUUUCCACCCUAUGCUGAACCCGCUGAUCUACAGCCUGAGGAAUGCAGAGAUCAAGGGUGCCCUGAGGAGAGUGCUGUGGAAGGACAGGCUAAUGUGA